AUGGCACGAAUGAACUACCUAAGCGUGUCAAAUCGCAAAUUCAUGCCUCCCGUGCUCUCCACCAAGUCUCUAUUUGGCUGGCUGGGUACUGUUUGGCGAAUAACGGAGGCCGAUGUCUUAGAAUACGCAGGGCUUGAUGCCUUUGUGUUUCUUGGGUUCUUUAAGAUGAGCAUAAAAUUACUCUCUGUGUGCUGGCUUUUUUCGGUUUUAAUCAUCUCCCCGAUUCGCUACUACUUCACCGGAGACUACGAUCAAGGUGACGGUGACGGUAACUCGGACGCCAAGGAUCCCUCGGAGGCAACGGAUUACCACACGUACUUGUGGCUGUAUGUCAUUUUUACUUAUGUCUUUACUCUCAUCACGGAGCAUUUCCUCAUGCAGCAGACACGCAAAGUUAUUCAGUAUCGGCAAAAUAUCCUUGGCAACCAAAACUCUAUUACGGAUAGGACCAUCCGGCUAAGUGGGAUUCCGCCUGAACUUCGAAACGAACGCGCACUUCGAGAAAGUAUCGAGUCCUUGGGCAUUGGUAAAGUGGCCAAAAUUGUCAUUUGCAGGGAAUGGAAGAAGCUGGAUUUGUUGUUCAAGCAGAGGAAUCGCAUCAUUCGAAAAUUAGAGGUUUAUUGGGCCAGGUACAUUGGCACUACAAAAAACCCAACCUUUAACAUUCGGCCAUUUGUUGAAAGCUCCUACCCGUUGACACCCGAAUCCCCGAGAUACAGGGACGAAGAAGAAGGGUCGGAUAGCACACAUACAGAAACAGCUUCGGACGCAUCUGACUACGAGUAUGGCUUGAACUCUGUUGUCGAGUACCAAGGUUCUUCGACCGAUAUCAAUCCUUUCGGAACGAGUUUUGGGUCCGCGGUGUACAAGAAGAGACCUCAAAUAAAACUGGGCUUUCUGGGGCUUUGGGGUAAUUCGGUGGAUGCAAUCGAUUAUUAUACCCAGCAAUUGAACGUGAUUGAUGAAGAGAUCAUUGCCGCUCGUCAGCGACAUUAUGCUGCCACUCCCACAGCAUUCAUCACGAUGGACUCGGUUGCCACAGCACAGAUGGUGGCACAGGCAGUUUUAGACCCUCGCGUCAGUUUCCUGAUCACACGCACCGCUCCUGCCCCCAAAGACAUCAUUUGGGAGAACGUGACUCUGCCGCGCAAAGAUAGAGUCUUGAAAAUCUACUAUAUCACCAUAUUGACUGGCAUCAUGGGAGUUGCCUUUAUAUUCCCUGUUGGUUACCUGGCUACUCUGCUCAACUUGAAGACAAUUAGUAAGUUCUGGCCAGAUCUAGGGGAGCUUCUUGAAAAACACGAAUGGGCACAGAGGUUUGUUACUGAACUGCUUCCUGUGUAUUUGUUUACCUUGUUGAACUUUGUGAUCCCAUACCUUUACGUUUGGUUGUCCUCCAGACAAGGAUUCGUGUCUCACGGAGAAGAAGAGCUAUCGGUGGUGUCCAAGAACUUUUUCUAUGUUUUUGUCAACUUAUUCCUGGUUUUCACGAUGGCUGGUACCGCUUCCAAUUACUGGGGUUAUCUGAGCGACUCCAAGAAGCUCGCUCUCCAGCUAGCUACCUCCUUAAGAGGAUUAUCGUCUUUUUAUGUGGAUACCAUCUUGCUUCAAGGAUUGGCUCUUAUGCCUCUGAAAUUGCUGGUUACAGGCCAUGUGUUGCGUUUUAUGUUUAUUAGGGCAAGUUGCAAGACACCAAGGGAUUUCAAAGAACUGUAUAGGCCGCCUGUCUUCAAUUUCGGCUUGCAUCUGCCGCAUCCCAUCCUCAUCUUGAUUAUCACAUUGCUCUAUAGUGUGAUGUCUACCAAAAUUCUGUCCUCGGGGCUUGCAUACUUUAUCAUUGGUUAUUUUGUCUACAAAUAUCUGCUGAUCUACACAUGCAUCCACCCGCAGCACUCAACAGGCCAAGUCAUGCCAAUUAUCUUCCGUCGCAUUGUUUUAGGACUUCUUCUCUUUCAAUUGACAGUGGCGGGCUCUUUGGCUCUGAACAAUGCUUAUGUUUUGGCGAUGUUCCUCAUCCCCUUACCGUUCCUCACGAUGCUUUAUCUGUGGAACUUCGAACGCAACUAUCUGCCGCUGAGUUAUUUCAUUGCUCUGCGUGCUAUCAACAAGGAUACGCAAGCGGAGACAGAUCUGCAGAGCUCUGCUGGCGUAAGAGCGAAUCAUGCUUUGACAAACGGAGUGAGUUUCUCAUCGUUGAGAUCGAGCACUAUUGACGAGCGCAGAGAGUAUAAUCAAACUUACGAGUAUCCGUAUUUGGUGCAAAGUUUAGAUGGCCCAUGGCUGGCUGUGGAUGCCGAGCAGGUUGUGAUGGCUACAAAAGACGGCACAGUGCGGAAACGGUUCACCUUCGAAGAGUUUUAG